AUGUGUAAUAAUAUAAUUGUGCCUGUUACCACUGAAAUUUUCUGCCCGUCUCCGACGUCGUUCAUCGUUCGACCCGUUCUGGUUGUUACAGUGAAGUAUCUGAGAGAGGUGACGCCGUACUUCAGGAAGGCUUCGAUCAUCCAAGAAGUCGGCUGGGAGCUUCAGCGCGGCUUUCUCAGCGCGACGCCACCGCCCCCGAAGUCACCACCGCGAGCGGAUACUCGUUAUCUGCCGCUGCAACUCUGCCGACUCACCAGGUCUCAUCCUUCCUCCGAUCCCGAGGGUCGUAUCCUGGAGCUUCAUUCCCCGGACGGUGUACACGAGUGUUGGCUAAGGGCCGCGGAUAACGCGGAGGCGAGCGUAUGGUUCAAUGCAUUGCAUUCAGCCCUCGCUGCCCUAACACUGAAGGCGUUGCGGUUGGCUUCGGCGCUUCCGGAUCCGCCGCAGCUCCAACACAUCGGCUGGCUCGCGAGGAGACACUGCCUUCAGAAUGGGCGCGCGAGCAGCGAGAGCAGCGAGGACGGCGCCGGAAGCAGCGCGAGCACCUCUCGAGGAGCAGGAAGCGGAUUCGGCCUCGGGGGCGGAUGCACCGGUGGUUGGCGCAGCGUUUUCGGAGCGGUGUCGGGACGGGAACUGAGGCUCUACGAGUGCGCGCCUUGGAGCCCGGAGGCGUGGGCCUCACCUAGCAUCACCUGCCCUCUGAUCGCCACCAGACUAGUCUCAUCCCCAGCGAGGCAAAACGAGGCGGGUAGCAGCAGUAGCGGGUCGACGCAGCACGCCGCGACGUUCGCGGUGCGUGUGGGCACGAUCGACGGCGUGGUCACGCAUCAUCUGCGCUCGGAGACGCGAAGGGACCUGGCGGCAUGGGCCAGGGCGAUUGUUCAGGGCUGUCACGCCGCCGCUCACUCGUUACGGGAGUACACCGUUCGUUGCACGUGGCAAGGAAAGGCCUGCCAGCUUGUCGUGAACCACGAGGACGGUUUCGCGUUGUACGCAGCCGGGACCAGAGGCGUGGGUGGGAACGGGGUCAGUCCAGGUUCACCGCCGACCCCUUUAUGGAGAAGAUCCUUCGACAAACUGAAAAUGUCCGCCGACGAUGGGGCGCGUCUAUUGUGGCUCGACUUUGGCGGGGACGACGGCGAGAUUGAGCUGGACCUCGAGAGCUGUCCGAAGCCGAUCGUGUUCGUCCUGCACAACUUCCUCUCGGCGAAGAUCCAUCGGCUGGGGCUGAGCGCAUAGGGGUACGAGGGGGCCCCGACAGAGGCCCCCGACCUACCGCCCCACACCACCAGGUCCGUCACCAGCGUGUUCCUCCACUGAACCCCGACCGAAAUGUGGUGGAGAGAGAGAGAGAGAAACGGGAGAAGAGGGCGAACAGCAGCAGCAG